CGCUUUGUCGAAACGUACGGCCAUAAACACUUUUUGAGGUGAGCUCACGAGUCUCCAGUCACGCGCCACCACCACUGUCGUAAUUCUCCGGCGAAGAUGAGAACCGGAAAAGGAAACCAAGAGGAGGAAGAUUACGGAGGAGGAGAAGAGGACUUGGGAUCGAAACGGGAAGGUCCUUCUUCCGCGAGCAGAGCAGAUGCGAAGGAGAGUGAUAAGGCUAGUGCGAUACGGUCUAAGCACUCGGUGACGGAGCAGCGGAGAAGAAGCAAAAUCAAUGAAAGAUUUCAGGUAUUGAGAGAGCUGAUUCCCAACAGUGAACAGAAACGAGAUACUGCGUCUUUUCUUUUAGAGGUGAUAGAUUAUGUCCAGUAUUUACAAGAGAAGGUGCAAAAGUAUGAAGGAUCAUAUCCUGGAUGGAGUCAGGAACCAACUAAGUUGACACCUUGGAGGAACAAUCACUGGCGAGUUCAGAGUUUAGCAAACCAUCCAGUAGCUGUAGUAAACAAUGGAUCUGUUCCGGUGAUACCAUUUCAUGGAAAGUUUGAAGAGAACGCUAUUAUUGCCUCUGCACAUGCACCUGUUGCAGAACUGCAAAACCCUGUUGAAUCUGUUAAAGAAAGAGCUUUAGCCUCCAGUCAACCUGAGUUAGAUGACAAGAGAUUACCAGUCCAUCCAUUGGUACAGGGUGAACAAUCUAAUAAUAAUAAUGAAUGUCCUGCAGCAGGUCAUGGGCUAGGCCUAAGUGACGACCUGGUUAUUGAAGGUGGAACCAUUAGCAUCUCUACUGUCUACUCGCAUGAGCUAUUAAGCUCAUUAACACAAGCACUCCAGAACGCAGGCAUUGAUCUGUCCCAUGCUAAGCUUUCUGUGCAGAUCGAUCUUGGGAAGCGAGCCAAUCCAUCGAAUAAGAAUCCAUUAUCAUCUCAUAUUGAUGAAGGCGCUACACGUUCAAGGAAUCCAAGCGUUGAGGAAGACUCUGAACAUUCUCAUAAGCGGAUGAAAACACUGUCACAUUUCUCUUAGAUGCUCUGGAAUAUAUAAUUGUAUUGACAGAUAUUUUCUUUUGUGUAAAUUUGUUCGGCUUCUAGGUUAGUAGAAUCUAGUGGUUUUGAGUUUGUAACAUCUUCUGCAUUAUUCAUUUACAAUGUUACUGCUAUAAAGACAAACAUAAUUUCAGGAAAAA